AAUCGCUGGAGCGCCGCUCCUGCGCCUCUCCCUCCUCCUCCUCCUCCUCCUUCUCCUCCUCCUCCUCCUCCUCCUCGCUGCCCACCGGCCUGCGGCACCCCUCACCGCUCCGCGGCCUCCGGCCCCACCAGCGCUCAGACAAUGACUUCAUGCGGAUUAUGCAUCUGAAGAAAUCACCAGCUCCCAGAUAGCCACAGGGGGAGGUAUCCAUGUGUUUGGCAGGGAAGCAGCCUCCUGCUCGCCUUCCUUCUCCUCCUCUUAUCUCCCCGCACACGGCAGCUGCCUCCUCUCCAGCGAUGGUCGCCUGCGGUCCCCCCGCGCGGCGCUGAGGCCCCGGCGCAUCCCCCGCUCCCACGCUUGCACCAAGCCCCGGCUCCCUCGGCGCAGCGGCGGCGGCGACGCGGACCCGGCUCCAGCCACGGCCGCCGGCCCCGAUCCCAGAGCGGCCGCCCGGGGCUGCCGGCACUGACCAUGAUGGACCUGAAAGUGGACGAGGAGGAGGUGGACAGCGGGCAGCCGGUGAGCAUCCAGGCCUUCGCCAGCAGCUCCACCCUGCACGGGCUCUCGCACAUCUUCUCGUACGAGCGGCUGUCACUGAAGCGCGUGGUGUGGGCUCUCUGCUUCCUGGGCUCGCUGGCCCUGCUCGCCCUGGUCUGCACCAACCGCAUCCAGUACUACUUCCUGUACCCCCACGUCACCAAGCUGGACGAGGUGGCGGCCACCAGGCUCACCUUCCCCGCCGUCACCUUCUGCAACCUCAACGAGUUCCGCUUCAGCCGAGUGACCAAGAAUGACCUGUACCACGCCGGGGAGCUGCUGGCCUUGCUCAAUAACAGAUACGAGAUCCCAGACAUCCAGACAGCCGACGAGAAGCAGCUGGAAAUCCUGCAGGACAAGGCCAACUUCCGAAACUUCAAGCCCAAACCUUUCAACAUGCUGGAGUUUUAUGACCGGGCCGGCCACGACAUCCGGGAGAUGCUGCUGUCCUGCUUCUUCCGUGGGGAGCAGUGCACCCCCGAAGACUUCAAAGUGGUCUUCACCCGCUACGGGAAGUGCUACACCUUCAACGCGGGGCAGGACGGGAAGCCCCGGCUCAUCACCAUGAAGGGGGGCACUGGCAAUGGCCUGGAGAUCAUGCUGGACAUCCAGCAGGACGAGUACCUGCCAGUGUGGGGGGAGACAGACGAGACCUCGUUCGAAGCCGGGAUCAAGGUGCAAAUCCACAGCCAGGACGAGCCCCCUCUGAUCGACCAGCUGGGCUUCGGGGUGGCCCCCGGCUUCCAGACCUUUGUGUCCUGCCAGGAGCAGCGGCUCAUCUACCUGCCACCUCCCUGGGGCGACUGCAAGGCCGUGGCGGGCGACUCGGAGUUCUACGACACCUACAGCAUCACAGCCUGCCGCAUCGACUGCGAGACGCGCUACCUGGUGGAGAACUGCAACUGCCGCAUGGUGCACAUGCCAGGCGAUGCCCCUUACUGCACCCCGGAGCAGUACAAGGAGUGCGCGGACCCGGCCUUAGAUUUCCUGGUGGAGAAGGACAACGAGUACUGCAUCUGCGAGAUGCCCUGCAACAUGACCCGCUACGGCAAGGAGCUCUCCAUGGUCAAGAUCCCCAGCAAGGCCUCGGCCAAGUACCUGGCCAAGAAGUACAACAAGUCAGAGCAGUACAUCGGGGAGAACAUCCUGGUGCUGGAUAUCUUCUUCGAAGCCCUGAACUAUGAGACCAUCGAGCAGAAGAAGGCGUACGAGGUGGCCGGGUUGCUGGGUGACAUCGGAGGGCAGAUGGGGCUGUUCAUCGGCGCCAGCAUCCUGACAGUGCUGGAGCUCUUCGACUACGCCUAUGAGGUGAUAAAGCACCGGCUGUGCCGGCGGGGCAAGUGCAGCAAGAACCACAAGAGGAACAACACAGACAAGGGCGUUGCGCUGAGCAUGGACGACGUGAAGCGCCACAACCCCUGCGAAAGCAUACGGGGACACCCAGCAGGCAUGACGUACGCAGCCAACAUCCUACCUCACCACCCGGCCCGGGGCACCUUUGAGGACUUCACCUGCUAACCGACACCUGGAUGUACAACCUGAGCUACCAAAGCCCUGCGAGAGCUGCCCUUCUCCCUGCUGGCGCCAGCAGAGAGACACAUCUAGGGGGCCUUUGCUCCUCGGCACGGUGGGACACGGACAAGAGCGACGGCCUCGGAUUUCGGGGCGGGCAGUGGGGUCGGGUAACGCCCGCCCUGCUCCUUCAGAGACUCCAGGACGCUCCGGCCCGGCCAUCCCGCGGAGCGGGAGCGACACGCACAGCGGGCCAGGGCACGAGCCUGCCCCGGCUCCCCCUUGGCUCCCCUCGGCCUUUUUAACUAAAACCCAGAAGCCAAGAAGAAGCAGCCGUCCGGCCGCAGUCUCCAUCCACAGCCCUGUCCGUCUGUCCCCCGUCGUCUCCAUGCUCAUCCUACUCCAACGCCUUGGCCGCGCCUGCCGGGUGCCCUGUGCCUGGUG